AUGUCCGAGCGCUUCGUCAUCGGACGUAUGGAUCCUUGCUCCUCGACCAUUUUUCUCACCAAGGCUGAGCCGUCCUUCGCCGAAGAGGAGGAAGAGCCACUGGACAUCGGAUCCUGGCUUACUCUCUACCAAGGAGAUGGCCCUCCUCGGACCGCCAUACUCUGCUUCGAGCCGAAGACCAAACGGGCAAAGGACAUCAAGGAGGGCGAUGUCAUCCUCAAUGAUGGCAAUCCCUACAGAGUCUUGAACGCUCCGGGUCUACCAGAUGCUGACGGCGAGAUUUCAAUACAUGCCUAUGAUAUCUUCGCCGAUGAGGUGACCGAUUGCAUUACAGACGACACCGAAGAGAUUACGAUAGUCGCGACCUGGCAAACUAGAUACUCCGUGGUACGAUUUUCGCUCUCAGCGUGGACUGCCGUGGAAGGCUGCUGGUCUGAUGCUAACGAGCUGGCCCCGCAGCGAAAUGUUCCGCCCGCCGAGGUCAUCUCUGGCACUCUGGUCCUGCAGAAGCAGGAAGGUUGGGUCGGAGACAAUCCGGAGAGGGUAUUCAAGCUUCCUGGGGGCAGAUUGGGCCCUUCGCUUCUUUACUUCUUCAACGCUGCAAAAUUGUGCCGUAUGCCCAUUACUCUGUUGAUAUAUGAGGUCAUGGGCAGAUUUAAACUCGUUGCGUUCGGUGUUGGGGACUGGGAAUCGCUUGGAUGCGGCCAAUCGGGUGAUUCCUGGUUAAAUAUUCAGCUGUCAUCGUCACUGUUCCGCGUGCCCGUCCUCCAUUUGCUAUUGUCGCCGGCGCUGCUUUUCGUUGCUGCUUCACGAUAUGUAGACCAGGGAACGCUGUGUGACUGCAAGAACUUCCAUAACCCUAGGCUUCUCUUUCUGCUCCUUCGCAUCCCCCAAAACCCUGCAUCGUUCUCCGACCUCUUCACAUCAACAGGUGUUGCUCAGAACCGCGGUUGUACAACACACUUCGAAACCCACACCCAGAUGUCUCAGCACUCGGUCUCUCUCGAAAGGGACAAACACGAUAUGGGCGAACAAGCUACGGAGGAAGAAGAUACGGAGGAAGAAGAGAUGGACAAACCAUUGGAACUAGGAGGCUACUUGACCCGCGUGGACAAUCAACCUCCCACCACCACACCAACAGAGACUGCCGCAAGGGACCUCUCAGUAGGCCAAGCCAUCCUCUUCCGAGGCCAACCCUGCGAGAUCGUAGGCAGAACCGACAGCUUGGCCCAAGCCGGUCCCCUAGCCUCGCGACACAAAAUCGCACUCGAGAUGAUCGAGUUGUUCGACAAAGGAGCAUUGGACCCGCUAGUCGUCAAAGCUACCGAGAAGCUCAAGCUCGUGCCCAUCGCCCGCGUGAGAUAUACCGUGAUCGGUCUCGACGGAGAGGUUAUGACGUUGCAGAAACAGCACCUCAGCCCCGCGCGGAGAACCGUGGCCGAGUUCCAUAUCUCCGGAGGCAAAAUCGGCGAGGACCUGGCUGCUUUCUUCGCCCAGUGCGACGACGAUGAGGGCAGGCUUGGAAUCGGUAUCACCCUGCUGAUUCUGGAGGCUGUGGGGAAGUUUCAGGUCAUUGGGUUCGGGAUUGGUGAUUGGGAGCGGUUGGCAUAG